AUGAGAUUUGCAGAAUUCUUGGUGGUAUUUGCCACGUUAGGCGGGGGGAUGGCUGCACCGGUUGAGUCUCUGGCCGGGACCCAACGGUAUCUGGUGCAAAUGAAGGAGCGGUUCACCACAGAGAAGCUGUGUGCUUUGGACGACAAGAUCAAGAGUCUGAGUCAUUUCCGAGACGGCAUCGACAGGAAUUUCUCCUUUGGCAACUUCGAGGCCUUCUCAGGCAAGUUCAGCAAGGAAGCGUUGCUCAGAAUGGCUUCCAACCCAAUGGUUGCAAAAAUCGUGCCCGAUAGCCUGGUCGAAGCCGUCGACAUCGAGGUCGAGGCAAACGCUCCGUCGCAUCUGGUCCGACUGUCGCAGGACGACCCCGUCAGCCCAGAUGACACCGAGUAUUUCUAUGACUCCGACUACUUGGGACAGAACGUGAAUGCAUACAUCAUCGACAGCGGAGUGUUUGUGGACCAUCCGCAGUUCGAAGGACGGGCCGUCAAUGGACCCAACUUCAGCGACGACGUGUCAAACACGGACUUCGUGGGCCACGGUACACAUGUGGCUGGUAUCAUUGGGUCCAAGCAUUUUGGCGUUGCAAAAAAAAUCAACCUCAUCAGUGUAAAAGUUCUCGACAGAUACGGCCAGGGCUCACUGUCGUCGGUGAUUGCUGGAUUGGAGUACGCCGUGAAACACCACAGGGAGCACGAGAACACGCCGGGACUGGCCAAUUUGUCGCUCGGAGCGGCCAAGAGCUCUGUGCUGGACGACGCCGUCAAGGCAGCCUAUCAGAGCGGCCUGGUGAUUGUGGUUGCAGCAGGAAAUAGCAACAUCGACGCGUGCAACACGUCGCCGGCCGGCUCACCCUACGCGUAUACUGUGGGUGCAAUCGACGACUCGCAGGACAAAAUCGCUAGUUUUUCCAACUGGGGCAAGUGCGUCAAUAUUUUUUCCAGUGGAGUGGAUAUCAAAAGCUUGUCCAACAGCAAGACCAAUUUGAAGAAAGUCCAGACACUGAGCGGCACGUCGAUGGCCAGUCCUGUUGCCGCGGGGCUGAUUGGCGUGCUGCUGAGCAAGGGUGUGUCACACGAUGAGAUUGUCUCCGAAAUGGAGGAAUUGUCGAUCAACGGGGCUGUUCCAAGAAUCAGCCUACUUUUGCGGCCAGGAAGCCCCAACAGAAUAGCGUCGAACGGCAUUAGAGAGUACGACUUCGACAUAAUGCGAGUGUCCAACAGCAGCGUCACAAACGGCACUGCGAUUAGAGCGUAA